ACGGAAUAACGCAGACAUGGCGGAGAGCAAGCAGAGUGCAGAGACCACAGAUGUCCAGAAGAAGAUCAGAGCAGCCUUUGAAGCGUUUGACUAUGAGCUUAACAACACAGUGAAUGUCCGAGAGAUUGGCACCAUCAUCUAUUCCCUGGGUUGCUUCCCCUCUCAGAAAGACCUACAUGACUUUAUAGCUAAGGUGGAAGAGGACCACACAGAAUGUAUCCAUUUGGACAAGUUCCUCCCAGCCAUGACCAAAGUGCUGCUGGAGCACAAGUUUCCUCCCAUUCCUGAGGACACUCUGCUUCAGGCCUUUGAGGUUCUGGACAAAGAAAAGAAAGGAUACCUGGAGCCCGAGGAGCUGACAAAGUACAUGACACAGGAAGGUGAGUCCUUCACUCAGGAGGAGAUGGAUGAGAUGCUGACAGCACUCGCUGACCGUGAGAAGAACUGCAUCUAUUACAAAGACAUAAUCAGCCAGCUGACCAUUGACCCUGACAAGUAGACAGUGUCACAGUGCAUGUGUGUCAGCGUAAUUGUUGACACAUAUUACAAAAAAAGUUUGUGUGUGUUUGGUGUUUGUGUUCAUGCUAUAAUUAAUAAAUGUGAGUUAAUCAAUCCUUGCUUUGUAUUUUCAGACUUGUCUUUGAAUUAAGAUCAAAUACUUUUUCAUUGAAUUGGCACAUUUAGGAGAAUGUAUCAACGGCCCACAUCUUUUAGAAGUCCAUUAUUUUGGUACAAAAUACAGUAGUUUUAUGUUGCCCCACAUUUACGUAUUUUACCCAACCUCUUUCCACAUUUUCAAGCCUGACAAAGAUGUGCCGACAUGUUCUCCAGAAUCAUAUUAAAUUUGAAACUACAUGUACAGUAUAAAUGAAACAGAGGAAUGCAGUUCCCAGUUUUUAAUGUAAAUUAAGUCAGAAAUCAGGAUCAUCCACACAACUGUGAUGAUUUCUAGCUGAUGCAAAAAACAUUGUUGUAAUCUUGCACCUGAACUGAAUGAAUAAGAAAUGUAAUUCUGAUUGUUUUUGUGCAGGCAUUUACUCUUUCAACUUUCUCACUUGAAAAUGUUUUUGUAAAUUUAAUACAAAAGCUCAAGAUCUUGAGAUAAUCCACAGGUACUGAAAUGUGCUUGUGUAUUUGAGAAAAUUAAGAAAAUUCAUGUUUAAGAAAGAGAGCUUGCUGCUUGCUGUCCAAACCCCAGAACUGGGGCUCAGCUGGGGCAUAGUGUUGGGCCUUAAAAUAGGGCAGGCUCUGCAGCAGUAGACUAACAGUAUACAGAAUUUCAUAGGCUUGUUUUAUAUGGAAAAUAUAAACAUUUUUAAACCGUGUAAUCUAGAUAUGAGUAGAUCAUGACUCAUGUGAGUGGCUGUAGAUUACAUUUAUGAUCCCUUUCUGAUGUCACGUCUUAUUACGUAUUAAUCCCUUAAAUUAAGUUUAAUCAAGUGCAGAGUACCUCUGUGCAAGUGAAGCUAGGCUCCUCAGUGGGUUUAUUUCCCAUAAAAUCUAUAGGAAUUAUUUGAGGUAGUCAGGGAUUGUGAUACUCAGCACUCCGGCAUAUAUUGCACAGAAUACAUGCAGUAGUAUUAGUCCAAACACUCCUCAAGCUGCAGGGUACAAGCCCAUCGAUAUGAAAUCUUAAAGUUGAAAGGAAUCUGAUGGCCGACAGACACAGAUUAUAAUGGAAAUUCUCUGUAAUAAAAUAACUCUAUAGAGAAUAUUUCUCAUUCACUGAUUACAUCUGGGCACAGUGGUGGAGUCAGUAUGUGCAGCCAAUGGACAAAUAAUUAGUAACACAAUGAAGACAGGGAACGUAACCCACAUGAAGUGACAUCUAAUUAAAAAUGAAGUUAAAGGUGUUAAAUGUUGAGAGCGGGCAGAAAGGAAACAACCUGAUGAGUUAUGAUGUUGUGACAAAGAAGCCAUGAUGUGACAGUCCUGCAGUACUCAUCACAAACAUCUAGAAGAACAGUGAAGUUCAGUUGAUUGCAACUGACUAAAGCAAGAAAAAACUCUGGUGCUUACGUGUCCAGAGUGUCAGAUUAAAAAAUACAGCUUGUAGCCAUGAUGGGUACAAACUUUAUCAAUAUAUGACCCCAAGUAUAAAAAAUAAACAAAGCAAUGAUUGCUUUAUCAGCAUAGCAUUUUAUCUCAGGUGAUUCUGCACUGAAUAGAUAACAUGCAUGAAACGGUUAAAGACAGCUUUGGAACAUGGGUGACAUGACUUCAUCUAGAGCUUAGAUAAGUAUAUGAUAUGGUAGCAAACACAAGCUGUUCUCUACAUGAGCAUGAAUGCAUGCUAAAGGUUUCAUUUCACAGUAAAAAAAAAAAAGAAAGACCUCUUCCUCUCAGCUUCCAAUCACUGUGAGACAAAGACAUCAGAAAAUAAAAGAUAACCAUACAAUAAUAGAAAACGUCUGUAUUAAACAUUCCCUUUUCACUAAACACCAAAAGUCAAAACAGAAUAAGGCUCAUUUA